AUGGCAGCGCCGUUAUCGCCGACGCCGAGCGCGGCUCUCAACUUCUCAACGCCAUCGGGCAGCCUGCACCACGGCGGACCGUACGAAGCUCGACCUUAUUUGAUGAGGGAUUCCUCCACCUCACAGCCGGACCGUUAUAGCACCGAGAACGGCGCCGUCAUCGUCGAGGAGCAGCAGAGCAGCAGAAACAACCACCACCACCACCGUAGCCGCGACGGGUCGCCUACCCCGCGUGGACCCUCACCGCCCAAGGUUCGCCCUGGUUCAACCUCGCGCAUCAUGUCGGGCAACGAACUUUCACCGCUCAAGAUUCUGCAGUCGCACCAGCACGCGCAGGUCCAGGCGGCACACCAACAGCAAAGUACAGCCUCAUCAUCACAGCCCACUUCUGCCGAUUCUACUAGUAGUGGUCAACAGCCAGAAGAUCUGACGUCGCCUCCUCCGCCAAGGAAUUCUUCUUCCAUGCCCCCGCCGCCGGCGCUGCAAAGCCCGAGAAAAGCACCGAUCAAGAGAUUUCCCAUCCGAGUCAACCAGCCCGGCCAGUUGUCCUCGUCCAACGAAAGCUCGCGACGCCCGUCCAACGAACGCCGCGGGUCUGACGAGCAGCAGCAGCGAUUGGGCAGCUCCAUGGGAUCGUCGUCCCACCGGCCGGAAAACAUGCUGGAGAACGAGGGGGUGAAGCACGCGAUUGAGAUUUUUGAGGACGACAUCAACUCUGAUGAUCACAACGACGGUGAGGUUGAUAUGGAUGAUAGCAACAACCGUCACAGACGGAGGGACGCAGACGGGGACGAGAGGAUGGGCAUGCAGGACGAGACGACGAUGGACGAUGACGACAUUGGCGCGAACGAUACCAUGACCAGCACGUUUAGCACGUUUUCCGCUGUGCCAAAGGCGACGGUUAUGGGCAUGAGGAGUGACAGCCCGACCAAGUUUUCCAUGUCCACGUCGUCGGGGCCGACGCCGAGGGGGGGGAGGGCGAAUAAUGGGACGGGGGUCCCGGAUCGGUCGGGCGCGCAGCAGUUGUAUGACGGUGGGGGUUCGACGAAUCUGAUGGACUUUACGGAGAAUUUGCGGUUUGGGAGUUAUGGAGCUCAGCCUAUGCCUUCGAGACGGGGUGGUCAGGCGUCGCUGUCGUCGUCGUCGACGUCGGGGAGGGGGGUGGGUGCUACGCCGCAGAGGAGUGGGGUUGCGAAUCUGCUUGAUUUUGAUAUCCCCCCGGCGCCGACGCCGAGGAGCGUUCCGACUAUUACUCCUCGGGAGCUGGAGUCGCUCAAGUCGGGGUUUUUGUCGGAGAUUUCGAGUUUGAAGGCGAGCCUUUCUGGCAAGGAGGCUGAGGUGCAGCAUCUCAAGACUGCGGUGGGGGAUGCGGAGAAGAGGGUGGGGGAGUGCAUGGAGCAGCUUCGUGAGAUUCAGGAUGUGCACGAGUCCCUGACUACCGAGAAAGACUCUUGGGAGCGCCGAGGAAGGGAGAUGGAGGUUGUUCUGCGGCAAGUCAAGGAAGAAAUUGUCAUGACCCAGCGCGAGAGAGAGGAGUUGGAAUUCAAACUUCACGAAUCAGAGCAGAGAAGAGAGGCAGCAGAGAUGAUGGCCCAGGACGCCGAGUCGAAAAUGGCGGGUAUGAGAGCUGGUCAGGCAGCCGGGAGCCAUAACGCCCCUGGACAGGCGAUCAACGCCAACAAGGAGGUCGAGUUGGCCGUCGAGCGAGUAGCCAAGGACCUCCACGCGCUUUACAAGUCCAAGCACGAGAACAAGGUUGCCGCCCUGAAAAAGAGCUACGAGACGCGCUGGGAGAAGAAAGUCCAAGGUCUGCAGGCUCAGCUGGACGAACUGACGCGAGAGAAUGAGGACUUGCGUCAUGGGAGGGCGAACCAGAUCAACAACCUCAACCACCACCGCAUUGCCGAGCUGGAGGAGGAGCGCGCGCAGAAUGCGGCUCAUAUCCGUGAGCUGGAAGCCGAGAGCCAGAAGUUGGAGGCUAUCCUGAGGACUGUCCAGGCUGACAAUGCCGAGCUGAGGCUGCUUUUGGAGAGGGAGCGGGUCGAAAAGGGGGAGCUGGUGCAGCUGGCGGAGGAGAUGAUGAAUAUGCAGGCCACCCUUGCUGCUGCUGCGCCUGCGCCGGCGCCUGCGCCGGAGCCGGAGCCGGAUCCGGAGCCCGCGCAUGCUCCUGCUCCUGUUAGGACGAUCAAGUCCCCUUCUCCUGAGCCAGCGCCAGUUGUUGCGCCUACGCCGAGCAAGACGCUGAAUCGGAGGCAGAGCAUGCUUGGUGGACCUGCAAAGACGCCUGGUACCGGGCUGGGAGUGAGAUCGAGCAUGCCGCCGCCCAGUAGGUCUACUGGGUUGGGGGUCACGGAUGAGAAUCAUGCUCCUCCCACGGGGAAUAAUUUCCGGAUGAGCGUCGGGCCAGGCGGGUUCAGAGCUUCUGGAUUGAGGGCUCCGGGAGGAGGCCCGCAAAAGAUGGGACUGGCGAGGAGCGGGAGUGUAGCUGGGCCGCAUGAGAGGACCAAGAGCUCGAGCAGCGGCACUGGAGGACUACCCCGCCCCGGAUCGGGGCAAGGGAGGGGGUUGAUGGGGAGUAUUGAGAAGAUGGGCGGCGGUGGGUACAGCAGCGGUUAUGGGAGGAGAAAUGACUGA